UAAUUUCUCCUUCACCUAUCAAUGGCUAAAACAUCACCCACCUACAAACCCAAUGCUUCAUAUGCUUUCAACAAGAAAAUCAUCCUCAUAGAAAAAGAAAAAAAAAUGAGAGCUCCAACAAAACUCGACCAAUAUUUCUCCACCCUUCUCUGCCUCGUUCUACUCCCUUUCCUCCCAAUCGCCACCUCCAGCGACUCCUUGUCUUCAGUUCAAUCCCUCCGAAACAGCCAAACCCUCGUCUCCUCCGGCAACGUAUUUGAGUUGGGGUUGUUCCAGCCGGGGUCUUCCGGUUGGUACUUGGGAAUAUGGUACAAGAAUAUCCAACCUCAAACAGUUGUUUGGGUAGCAAACAGAGACAGCCCUCUUUCGAAUUCGUCAUCAGCAACAAUCAAAUUUGGCGACCGUGGAAAUCUUGUUCUUGUUGAUGAAGGAAGUGGAAACGUCACAUGGUCUUCCAAUGAAACUCAAGCAGUGAACCCAAUUGUACAGCUUUUAGAUUCGGGAAAUCUAGUCCUCAGAGAAGAAGAUUCAAACCGAAACAACCCGAAAGACGAGUUCCUUUGGCAGAGCUUUGACUACCCAACAAACACUCUGCUGCCGGAUAUGAAGCUGGGAUGGAACUUGAGCUCAAAUUUGGACAGGUACAUAACUUCAUGGAAAAGCACAGAAGACCCGUCUGUAGGUGACUAUUCUUUCAAGCUGGAUUACCGCGGUUUCCCGGAGAUUUUCCUGAGAAACAAACAGCUCAUAAUGUAUCGCAGCGGACCCUGGAAUGGGGAGAGGUUUAGCGGUGUGCCUGAGAUGACAGUUUCAAAUGGUCUUCAGUUCAGUUUCGUUUCCAAUUCACUAGAGGUGUACUACACUUUUUCAAUAAAGGACGAUUCGAAACCGUUGUAUUCACGACUGAUCGUGAGCCAAGAUGGGUAUCUCCAACGGUAUACAUGGAUUGAAUCCAGAAAGAUUUGGAACCAAUUCUGGUACGCCCCGAAAGACCAGUGCGACAGUUACAGAGAGUGCGGCCCCUACGGCGUCUGUGACUCAAACGCUUCGCCGGUGUGCAAGUGUUUGAAGGGGUUUCAGCCCAAGAAUUUGCAGGCGUGGAAUCUGAGAGACGGGUCCGAUGGUUGCGUGAGGAGGACGGAGUUGGAGUGUUCGAAGGAUAAGUUUUUGGGUUUGGGGAACAUGAAACUGCCGGAGAGCGGCGGCGCGUUUGUGGACAUGGGCAUUGAUCUUGAGGCGUGUAGGAAAAAGUGUUCGGAAAAUUGUUCUUGUACGGCUUACGGGAAUGCGAGGAUCGAGAACGGAGGGACUGGUUGUGUGAUUUGGAGUGGGGAGCUCAUGGACCUUAGGCAAUAUGCAGAAGGUGGACAACAUCUCUAUGUCAGAUUGGCGGCUUCUGAACUAGAUGGCAACGGGAAGAUGAAACGAGUACUCAUUAUUGUAGGCAUUACAGUUGGUACUGGCAUUCUGCUAGCAGCACUCGUUAUCUGUUUUGUAUGGAAGAGGAAAUCUGGUAUUACGCGUAAAGGAAGGAUAGAACAAAAAGGUUCUUUUGAAAGAAGCCAAGAUUUUCUGCUAAAUGAGGUAGUUAUCUCAAGUAAAAGGGAACACUACUCGGGUGAAAGGAGCAAUGAUGAGCUAGAAUUGCCAUUGCUUGAUUUUAACACAGUAGCAGUGGCUACGGAUAACUUUUCAGACGAAAAUCAACUGGGGCAAGGUGGUUUCGGUUGCGUGUACAAGGGUACAGUAGAAGGUCAAUUAGUUGCUGUCAAGAGGCUGUCAAAGAACUCUGGACAAGGAACUGAAGAAUUCAAGAACGAAGUAAAGUUAAUCGCAAGGCUUCAGCACCGAAACCUUGUUCGGUUGCUUGGUUGCUGUGUCGACAUGGAUGAAAAAAUGCUGAUUUACGAAUACAUGGAAAACAAAAGCCUGGAUUCUGUUCUAUUCAGUAAUGCGAAAAGGUCUAUGCUGGAUUGGCCAAAGCGCUUCGAUAUUAUUUGUGGGAUUGCUCGUGGACUUCUUUAUCUUCACCAGGAUUCAAGAUUUAGGAUCAUCCAUAGGGAUCUCAAGGCAAGCAACAUUCUACUUGAUGGAGAAUUGACCCCAAAGAUAUCGGACUUUGGAAUGGCUAGAAUAUUUGGUAACGAUCAGACGGAAGCCAAUACCAGAAGAGUAGUGGGAACAUAUGGCUAUAUGUCUCCAGAGUACGCAAUGGACGGGCUCUUCUCUGUCAAGUCUGAUGUCUUUAGUUUUGGUGUUCUGGUAUUGGAAAUUAUUAGUGGUAAAAAGAACAGGGGAUUUUAUUACGCGAACAACGAACUCAACCUCCUAGGACAUGCUUGGAAGCUAUGGACAGAAGGAAAGGGGUCGGAAAUAAUUGAUCCAUCAGUUGGGGAUUCAUACUCCCCCUCUGUGGUGUUGAGGUGCAUUCAAGUCGGACUCUUGUGCGUCCAAGAGCGUGCGGAAGAUAGGCCUACAAUGGCCUCUGUGGUUUUGAUGUUGAGUAGUGAAACUGCAACAAUGCCCCAGCCUAAGAACCCUGGGUUUUGCCUCGAAAGGAAUAAAAAUCCUGUUGAAACAGAUUCAUCCUCCGGCAAGCAGGACCAAUCCUGCACUGUAAACCAAGUAACAGUCACAAUGGUAGAUGGUAGAUAGUGAAAUUUUUUACCAUAUCAACUCAUCAAGCAUGUCGAUUUUGUAUAUUUUACAACAAACACAGUUUUUCUUCUAUGAAUCUCUCUCUUUUAUCUUUAA